AGGCGUGGAGGUGCUGGUAGUACAUGAGAGAGGGGAUGUGUGCUACUGAUUGUCUGUGAGAGGGGAGGGGGGCAGAGACACGCAGAGAGACAGAGAGGGUUAGAAGAGGGAGAAAGGAAUUCAGAACUGUUUAAAUGGGGAUCCAGAGCGCAGCGCGGACAGCGGCUGCGGACUGAGCCAGCAAAACAAAAACAACAACAGAAAAAGUGGAGACAGAUUUAUUUUACGCACGGGAAAAGUGGGAAGUAGUUGGAGGAAAGGAGAAAGAGGCAUGGGAUUUUUUUCCUCUAAAUGUGUCCUGUUUGACUCUCAUGACUCAGAGAGGAUUACUGUUAAACUCAGCCGCUCUGCAGGAAUUGAUGGUGUCUUCUGAGAGAAACGGAGCCGAGGGGAGGAAUCUGAAUGCGCUCGGCUGAACCAUGCCAGGCUUGUGGAUCCUAACUUUGGCACUCGCUUUCAACCAAGUGUGCUGUGUGCGAUUCUCCCAGGAGCCGGCCGACCAGUCAGUGGUGCUGGGAGAACGAGUGGUGCUGUCCUGCGUGGUCUUCAACUACACGGGCAUCGUCCAGUGGACCAAGGACGGCUUGGCCUUGGGCAUCGGAGAAGGUCUUCGAGCCUGGCCCAGGUAUCGCGUGCUGCGGGCGCUGGACACCGGCCAGUUCAAUUUGGAGAUCUCACACGCUGAGCUGUCAGAUGACUCCCUGUACGAGUGUCAGGCCACGGAGGCCGCCCUGCGCUCCAGGAGAGCCAAGCUCAACGUACUUAUCCCCCCUGAGGAUCCGGUGGUGGAGGGAACGCCGGAGCUGCUGCUGAUGGCUGGAACUGCAUUCAACCUGACCUGCGUAACCCGCGGGGCCAAGCCUGCAGCUCACAUCCAGUGGACCAAGAAUGGCAUCCCUGUGGAGGGAGCACACCACUCUACGGAGGUGCUGCCAGACAGGAAGAGAGUGACGAGCCGGAGCUAUCUCCCCAUCACUCCAGUUGACACCGACAGCGGCAGCAAUUUCACCUGUGUGGCCAGCAAUCCAGCAGUGCCAAUGGGCAAACGAGCCACUGUCACUCUCAACGUCCACCACCCUCCCACUGUGACCUUGUCCAUCGAACCUCGCUCUGUCCUGGAGGGAGAAAGAGUCACAUUCACCUGCCAGGCCACCGCCAACCCGCCCAUCAUGGGCUACAGGUGGGCUAAAGGUGGCGUGCUGCUGGAGGGGGCCAGGGAAAGUGUGUUUGUCACCACAGCAGAUCAUUCAUUCUUUACUGAGCCCGUGUCGUGUCAGGUGUUCAACGCAGUGGGAAGCACCAACGUCAGCAUCCUCGUGGACGUGCACUUUGGUCCAAUUCUGGUGGUGGAGCCCAGACCAGUAACAGUGGAUGUGUACUCAGAUGUUACUUUGAACUGCAAGUGGGCUGGAAACCCUCCUCUUACCCUCACUUGGACUAAAAAGGGCUCCAGCAUGGUUCUCAGCAACAACAACCAGCUGCAUUUGAAGUCAGUGAGCCAGGCCGAUGCAGGCCAGUAUGUCUGCAAGGCCAUCGUGCCGCGCAUCGGAGUGGGAGAGAUCGAGGUUACGCUUACUGUCAACGGCCCCCCCAUCAUCUCCAGUGAUCCAGUUCAGUACGCUGUCAGAGGUGAAAAAGGAGGGAUCAAGUGUUACAUCGCCAGCACCCCCCCACCUGAUAAGAUUGUUUGGGCGUGGAAGGAGAAUGUUUGGGAGAAGGAAAAAGGCACUCUGAUGGAGCGGUACACGGUGGAGCAGAGCAAACCCCAGUCCCAAGGUGGCGCCGUCCUCUCCACCCUGACCAUCAACAACGUCAUGGAGUCUGACUUUCACUCUCCGUACAACUGCACCGCCUGGAACUCAUUUGGACCUGGAACCAUGAUCAUUACCCUGGAGGAGAAAGAUAUUGUUCCAGUGGGAAUUAUCGCCGCUAGUACAGUGGGCUCCUCCAUUCUGCUGCUUGUGAUUCUGCUGGCACUCGCCUUCUUCUUCUACCGCCAACGCAAAGGCAGUCACCGAGGUGUCACACUCGGUAAACCAGACAUCAAGGUAGAAACAGUCAACAAAGAGACCCACAGCCUGGAGGAGGAGGCAGCCAACGUCUCUACAGCAACCAGAAUGGUCAAGGCCAUGUACUCCUUUUUGCCCUCUGUUUCCCUCUCUCCCUCCACUCAGCCAUUCAAAGACGACAUGGACCUGAAGCAGGAGAUCAGGAGCGAGAGCGACACGCGGGAGGAGUACGAGCUCAAGGAUCCAACUAACGGCUAUUACAACGUCCGAGCCACCACCCACGACGAGGCGCGACCCCAGUCCCGUGUUGUCCACUACCAGGGAGAGUUUCGGCCCCCAAACCCAAACACCGGGCCAGGCGGAGCCACAUCCGGCGGACCUUCAGCUGCGGUCAGCGGUGCGGUUCCUCCCAGCGCGGUGCCAGGCUCCAGGGCAGGCUGCUACGACCCUCGCCCGCCCUCCAGGAUGUCCCACGCUACCUACGCCCAAUUCAACACCUUCUCUAGGGCGGCACAGAGGCAGGAAGCUCCUCCAAAUCCUGCUCUCCCGUCACCCGGAGAUUACCCCGGAGGAGACUGUGGCCUGCUGGACAGCUCAACCCAACUGCCAUACGACAGCUACGGAUAUCCCUCCCAGUAUCCCAGCUACCGCAUGGGCUUCGCUCCCACCAUAGAGGAAGGGCCGGCCUAUGAGAUGUACCCGACAGGACAGGGGACCGGGUCGGGCCCGGGAACGGGACAGCAAAGUCCUGAAACAGGCUUGGCAAAGUACGGGAGCUCCACCCGCUUCUCGUACUCGUCCCCUCCGUCUGACUAUUCCCACAGACACACGCAGCGAAUGCAGACUCACGUGUGAGGAAACGCCGAGGCGCUUUCCUGGAUUUGCUUUCGGCAUCAGCAGUGUUUUCACAUCCCGUGUAAAUCCUCCCGUUCUGUGCGUGGAUCUUCAACAAUCCGUUCUCCAUUGCAGUCACCGCAUGGAAAACCUUUUUUUUUUUUUUUUUUUUUAACAGUGUGAGACCCCAACAUUUAGGAAAGAAGCAAUACAUGCAGAGUGAUCUUCACCCUGAUUCACGCAGGCCUGCUGCGGUUACCCAUCAACAGAAGCAAAAGCGAGAUUCACAAUCAGGAGAUGAAAAGAAGAACAAGAAGAGCACUUUGCCAACUUGGACGACCUCCCAUCACACCCUCCUGUUUCUCUGUAAAUAAUGUGAAAUUUGGGCCAUUUUAAAGUUAUAUUUCUUGUAUAAAUAUAUAAACAGCAAACCUCUCAGCAAGCCACACUUUUUACAUUUUCUGACUUACAUUGCUGAACACAAAUCCAGACAUACAACCACAUUUCUUUAAAAAAGAAAAUGCAUCAAAGGGGCAGCUUGGACUAUGAAUAUAGCUGGCACUUUUCAUUAAAACUUGCUUAAUGGCUUUUUUCUUACAAGAUCUACCUUGAUUUGAGUGGGACAGUUCGUCUGGUGAAAACAUUGCCAGUUCCUAUGUGCCAACACACACAAAAAGAAUUAAAUGGUGUCUUUUCUUUUUCAAAUCGUGGACAAUGAGGUGCUCCGGGUGACAGGAUGCUGUACAAGACAAACGGAGCAGUAGCAAGCGUCUCUUUGCUCCUUCUCCUCCUCGUAUUGUGUUUCUGUCAUCAUCAUCCAUUUCUAUACCUAAUAUUUCACCUAAAGUCGAUGCUAUAGAUAGUGUUUGUGAAAUAAGGUGUGGUGGGAGCGCCUUUUCAUUCUAUACAUUUCUGCAAUUUGUGCAAAAAGAUACCUCCCCCAUCUUCAAGUGUUAAAAAAAAAUAUUUGUUUCUCUCACUUGCACAGUAGAAUAGAUUUUUUUCCAUAUUUAUACUGAAGCAUAUGAAAAAAACAAACAAAAAAAACCAACGGCAUUCAGAAACAUUUUAUAAUAUUUUUAUAAGGAGUUGUGGACCAAAGGUUCAGCAUUUUGGGUGACGCUCACUUUUUAACGUGUAACGCGGCGUUACGGUCGGAAACGGUCCGAGUUCCUUUAAAAUGAAAACGGUUUUUAAUGUUGUAGGCUUAACAUAGAAAACUUAAAGAGCUUCACCUCGAAAUAACAAGUAUCCAGUUGAUUCCUGCUACGGAUAUAUUUGUUUGGCGUGAAACUCUUUCUUUGACUUCCUGUCUUCUGACUGGACUGCCUUUUUUCUAAAGCUGGUGACGACAUUCAAAACGACGGGCUUGGAGCGAACAGCUGCUCGAUUGGAGCAGCGCUGGUAACUUGAGAAGCAGCGAGAAGGUUUAAGUGUAGUCUAACAUAUCAAAGUGAGGUAGAGAGGGUUCUAUCUAGCUCAUAUGGUACUUUGUACUAUUUGUAAGUAUGCUGUUUUUUUUUCUCUGCAACAGAAACUCUGCUGGUGUCUUAUGUCUAAGAUUUUUCAUCGUGUCAUGUCAGGUUUUGGUGAACAGAUCUGGCCUUCAAAGCAGAACUUGGUACUCGAAACUUGAAACUCUGAGGGGAUAAAUCAUGCAAGUUCCUCUCCCUCCUCUAAGUUUUGCUCAAUGAUGUUAAACUGUGGAGAAAACUGUUCUGUUCAAACAUAUAGCGCCCUCUACAGUUAAAAGAACCCCUUGUAAAGAUAUGUAAAAAGCCUAAUUAUAAAGGCAUAUUUUAAUUGUUGUGGCAUAAUCUCAGUUUGAAAAUGUUUUAAAAAUCCAUUUAUUAAUUUGAGUUCAUUUAUUACCUGAGAGAAAAACAUGCAGCACUAAUAACUAAUUUACUGAGGGAAUCACCUGGAUUCCCUUUGCUCCACUUGGUGAGUCAUUUCUGAUAUUUGGUCAUGUUCUUUUUAUCAUUAUUCUGCUAAAAGACCCAAUGAUGAUCUAUUUUCCAUUUUUCUGGCAAAGCAAAUCAGAUAUUUAUUCAGAAUAUCCUGGAAUCUCAAAGAAUUCAUAAUGCCAUGCACUUUAAAAUCAACCUUUCGACAGUGAACAUUCCCACAGCAUCACAGUGGGAGGAAGUUGUUUUCUGCACAUUUGUUUUUCCCUUCAUACGAGACCCACUGCGAACUGGUUGCCAAAAUGUCCAAAGCACUUAGUCUUUAGCAUUUAGCAAACUCUGCAUUUUGACAUUUGUGAUGGUAGGACAGAAACAGAAACAUUUCUGUCCUGCAUGCCUCCAAAACAACAAAAUGCCAGUUAGGUUUCCUUUAUGGUGGAGAUUUUUUUCUUCUUUUACCUUCAUUACCAUCAUUGUACAUGUUGACAAGAUAAUCUUGGAUGCUUAUGCAGCAUUGUUUGGUCUGAAGGUUUAGUCCUAUUUUCAGGAGUGUUUACAUGUGAUGUCACUAUUAUAAUAAAAAGCUUAUGGAUAAAUACUUUGAUAAUCCCAGACGCCAUAAAAAAUUAUGCAGUUUUAGUUUUCAGGAAAAAGCUGAAAACAGUGAUUUAGAAAUAAAUUAGUAUUUCUCAGUGUGAGAUUAUUUUUCUCUGCUUAAAUGUACUUAAAUUAAGUUUUUCACAUGACCCCGAUUUCUUAGCAAAAAUCUCUGGAUUGUAAUUUUCUUACACCUCAGUGAGGUGUCGGUGUCGUCUCAAACGGAUCAAGGUAUUUCUUAUUAUAGUUUCUAACAUCAGCUAUUAAACCCCUCAGGUUUAAUAUUAAAGCAUUUAAGCUUUUUGUAUACUAAAUAAAUGAAAAACGGAUUGAUUUUUCUUUUUUUUCUUUUUUUUUUUUUAACCGAAAAGCCCCCUCUCCCCCAGUGGAUUGAAGUUAUUUAUGUUUGCACUCGGAGCUCAAUGAGAUUCGACUAAACUGCUCUCUUCAUCAUCAUACCAACUCAAAACGUUACAUUUUAUGGCGACAAGAAUUUGUUUAGUGGAAUACAAGAAAAGUGCAUCAAUAAUCACGAUCCCCAUGUUAUAAGCUUCCACCACAUUAAGUUUGCUUUUUUUCUGGACAAACAUGAAGACAAUAAACCUUUCUAUUGCACCCAUCAGGAAUAGAUUCUAUAUUUCAUUUAAUACCUUUCCAAAAGUUCCCAUCCUGCAUGCUUCACUGAGCAGGUAAAUUUAAAAGGCGCAGAAAGCAAUAAGGAGUCACUCACUUGUAUCUGUAUUCUGCAUUUUGGAGCAGUUAAAAAUGAUUGUGCAUUAAAUAAGACCCCUGGCUGCAGAGGCUAUCAGCCACUCCAGAAGUAAUCAUUGACUGUUUAUAUUUAUCAGUCGCCCCAUCAACCCUUCAUGGUAUAUUAUGGUAAUUGUCUGCAGAGGGGCUAUAAAAAUGUGUUUAUAGCUCUUGUUUUCUAUAAAGGCAGAGAAAGAAAACCACAGCCACGCCGGUUUGUAUCUCAGAGGCAGCCUCGCAGCUCCAAGGUCACGAUGUAAACCAUGUCAGCCGGGGUAGAACGGCAGGUGGAGCUGCGUUUUAAAUUUUAAACUGUUAUCACCCCCCGUGGAGCUGUUCACUGUAAUCUAUUUACAGUCGUUUUACAGAGUUGUAGCUGAGCAGUAUUUUGCAUCUGACUUGCAAUCUUGUUACCACCUUGUGGAAGGAUGAGUGGAUUUGACAGAGAAGAUGCUGAGGCUGUGGCACGCAUAGCCAGUCCAUGCAGGUACUUGGGUAUUAUUACCUGUGGUGACAUUACAGUCUGUUGACAUUACAGUUCAUAUAAGAUGUUAAACACACACAGCCGAUGCAGAGGUACAGCAGUGGAAAAAUAACUACAGGUUUGUCUUAAUACAUGAAAACAGCAUCAAACCGUAGCUGAAUUUGAAGGAAAUAUGGACACUUUUACCUCAUUAGGUUGUUUUUCCGUGUCUUUUUUUAUUUUCCAUGUGUUUUUCUCGUUGCAGUGUGUGCUGAUGGUUUCUUUCAAACUUGCUGCCAUGUGUCAAAUGAAAAGCCAUCUGCCAGCUUCCAAAUGUCAAAGACAAAACAGAGAAUGAAAUCACCUGAAUAUCGCAAACCUUUCUCUUGUUGCUUUCUUCCAGAUUUCCAUCAUUUAGUCACACCAUCACACAGUACAGUGUAGGUAUGUCUUUCUGGCUUGCUUCUAUUUCUGGUGUGUGUUUUAUAGAAUAUAUAAAUAUUCAUGAGUUCAUCAUAUCCACUUCAACCUUUUCCUGAUUUAUUUUUAUUUUAACCAAAUAAGUAUAAGUAUUUUGUAUUUACUUUGUGGUACAUCACCAGUUGAAGGAAAGACCGGUCCAAAGUGUCUUUCACAUUGUAAAACACAUUCUUUGUUGGUUCUGAUCUAAUUAAUCAACUCAAAAAAAAGUUGGGUAUUGAACAUCUGUGGCCUAAAGAACUUGUCGGUCAUGCUAGAAAUAGCCUGAAGUGGGUCUCAACUAGGCCAACCCAGACCAGGACCGGGCCAGGCCCAUGCUGGGCUGGGCUGGGCCGGGCUGGCCCAGACUGUCUGCAGAGCCUUGACAUCCAGUUUUACUGUGUGAACCUUUCAGUGAGUGCCAAAAAAACCCAUCAACUGAGCAGACAUGCAAAUGCAGCAGCAGUUUGUGUUUCUUCUGACCCUGUCUUUAUGUGUGGGUGGAUUCAGACAGACACACGUGUUUACGAUGUCCAACUUAAAGAUGCAUGUGUGUGUGUGUGCGUGUGUGUGUGUGUGUGUGUGUGUGUGUGUGUGUGUGGGCAGUAUGUAAUCCAAGUCAUUAAAAACAUGUUUGGGUCAGUGGAGAGAAGAAAUGAUGGUUUGACUGAUAAUUUCAUAUGUUGGCCAGUCACUCCUGCGGGUAUGAAGGAGACCUUUCCUGACCACAGCGAUAAAAACCCUGAAAAUGCAGAUUUUCCUCCUAAGUGUAAUUUUUAACAGCUCAAAUGUUGUUUGAGUGAAAUGUUGUUGCUUUAAGUACAGUUUUUGUUUAAUAUAUCAUCAUGAUAAACCUAAUUUUUAACAGAAGAAGCCAGUAUGAUUUGGCUCUUUUCCUUGUCCUGCAGUUUUAAUCAUUUUUUAUUUUAUUUUAUGUUCAAAUAUGAGACAAAACUGAUACCUGCAGCUAACAACUAACACUGUUUGGUUGUGAUGCAGAUAACAAUAAAACAAACAUGUUGAGGUGAAGAGAAGUUUAACCAGAUGGGUUAAAACAUUGAUAUAUUUUGAUGUGUUACAAAAAAAAAUUAAGGGUUAAAAUUUUAUAUUUUAUCAGCCUUUUUGUGUAGUAAGAACAGCUAAGUUCUGUAUUUCUAAAAGGAAAUUAUUAUUUUACAACAGCAACAAAAUCUAAACCUUUGAAAGCAUUGUCUAGAAAACUAUUACAAAGAUUAAACUGUAAAUCUGAUCCUGCAAAUAAGUACAUAGCCUACUAGAGUUUUUUUAAAUGGGGACAUUUAAAAAAAAUUACCACAAUAAGUGAAAAUGAUACAUUUACUUAUUUUAGUUUUUGCACAAGGUUGUUCUUUCAUGUGUUAAAUCUGUAAGCUACAUUAAUCAAUAUAGACGUUUAUAACACACAUGUACCGCUGCUCCAAACUUGACAUAAAUGCUAUGCAAAUUAAUAAUUUACCAAUGAAAACGCUAAAUAAAGUCAUGCUGUACUGUGUUAUCUGCACAGACUCACAUCGGCAUGCCUUAUGCUUGAAGUUGCUGGCAGAGGAGGAUAGCUGGACUUUAUUUCUGAUUAGUUCAGCCAAAUAAACCAUCUCAUAUCUCUGCAUAGAGAAUUGAACCUUCAUCCCAAGAUGGUCAGGCAGGUUUUAGUUAACAGUUAGCACUAGUUAACACUAAAACCGCAUUUCGUCUUGACCAAAUAUUUUGAUGUUUGCUGAAUUAUCUAAAGGUGCUUUUUGUAAAUCUAGUUAAUUUAGAGAUCUAUGUCGCACUUUUCAAAUUAAUGAUAUUUUUUCCUCUCAUUUUAAUUUUAGGAAAAGAGCCAAAUCAUAAUAUUGAUUUCUU